AUUUUGCGCUCAAAGAUUGCCUGCGAUGACAUACAUUUCUUUGGCUAAUCUUUUGUUUGUAUUCAUUACUAAUUAUGAUUGAACCGACCAGCUGGAAUUUUGGUCUUAAUUAGCUAUGGUCCUGCUGCUCACUUUCUUGCUGAGCUGAGUAUAUCGAUAUAUCGACAUUCAUAGUCGAUGUCAACAUUCGAUAGUCUCCUUAUGUUUAUUUUUUAAGGUACUUGCUUUACCUUUGAAAUUAACAUUUUCCUCACUCUUCUUGUCUUGGUCGCAACAUAAUACGACUUUUUGACCUUUGACAACCGUUAUUGCCGCCUUCACAAUGGGCAGCAGCAGUGCCAGUGAACUGUCUGAAUUGAGACGUGAUGUGAUGCUUCUUGAGGUUGAAAAGCUAUUGUAUGAAACUGAGAAGUUGAAGGAAGAACGAGACAACAUGAGGCAGGAAAAAGAAAUGCUGGAGCUGGAGCAUCAAGUUCUACUGCGUGAGAGGGAGAGACUGGAGAAAGAAAUAGCCAAGCAGAAUCUCAGCGGAGGUGGAUCUGCAACUCGUCCUUCUACAUCCGACCGAGGCCCAUAAAUUAUUCAGUUCCGACAUGUUUCAUUAUUUUGUCUGUGAUUUUUAACAUUUAGUUAUAAUGCCUGUAUUAGAUUUCGACAGGAUUAUUCCAAUUUUCUGCUCAAAACUUGAAGCUUUUUCUCCCUAUACCCUUUAUGACUGAUUCUUGGAGACUCAAUUUGCUUCAAAACCUCAGCGCUUCACAUCACUACAUAACAAACUUGAACAUUUGCUUUAUGGAAACAUUCCUUUAUUCAGUAUGUUUCCUGUUAUGUGGUGAUGUGAUGUGAUUCAAGGUAGAGGCAUUCAUUAUUUCAAAGUUGCUUUUGAUCCUUGUGGGCCUUGGUUUCUUAUUGCUUACAGAUUAAUCAAAUAAGAAUCAUUCUGAGAAGUUUCUUUUUCUGAGCAGUAAUGUGGUGUCAUUGUAAUUUCUCAAACAAUUUCAUUUUAAAUUAAUAAUUUGUUCUCUCUUUGCUGAGAGAUGUGUUAUUGUUUAUGACUGGGUAAUGAUGUGCUACCUUUCCCUUUUGUGUUCCUUCAAUGGUAAACUGGUUACAGUGAAUAACGUGAAAUAUUAAUUUUGAACGUGGGUCACAAAUUUAUAAUUUUUGUGGACACCUAUAGUACUAACAUUCUUAGAUGUUCAGAGGAAGGCUAUUCAGUUAUCUGAUUGAAAGUCCUGCAUUGUCCAUCUUUAUUUUAACAUCAAUGUCAUCACACUAAAAUGUUUCCUUUAUUGUUGUAUCUUGUAUAUGAGUUGGAUGAUAAAAACCUCGUGUGGAUC